GGAGCCAAUUAAGCUUGCAACCUUUCCCUCAUUAUUAGCAUUUCUUAUUCUUUUCUCCUACACUUUUCACAGGCUACAAGCCUAAGAUGGGAUGUCUCCAAGCACAAGAUCUUGCCAUUAGACCUCUUGCCCAUUUUCCUCCAGACAUAUGGGGUGAUCGCUUCGUAACCUUCAGCACUGAAGAUAGUUUGAUGAUGGAAAAAUAUGCAAAAGAAAUCGAACCAUUGAAGGAGGAAGUGAAGACGAUGCUAAUGAUUGAGAAUUCUGCUGAUUUUGCAAAGAAGAUGAGUUUGAUUGAUGCAGUGGAACGUUUAGGGGUUUCUUAUUACUUUGAGAAUGAAAUUGAAGAACAAUUGAGUCAUAUUUUCAAAGAGCUUGCGGCUAAAAAUUUCGACAUGGAGUAUGAUUUAUAUAACACCGCAUCACAAUUUCGCAUAUUCAGGCAACAUGGAUACAAGAUUCCUUGUGAUGUAUUCAUUAAGUUCACUAAUGAAGAUGGCAAAAUGAAAGAAACUCUAAGUACUAAUAUAAGGGCCAUAGUGAGCUUAUAUGAAGCUUCACACUUAAGAAUACAUGGCGAGCCUAUCUUAGAUGAAGCUUCUGCUUUUGCUACCGAUGUUCUAAAAUCAAGCGCAAAUUUCUCCGAGCAAGCUCGUCAUGCAUUGAAGCAAGUGCUACAUUUUGGCAUACAAAGGGUGGAGAAUCGCCAUUUCAUCUCAUUCUACGAGCAAGAUGAAUUUCGAAACGAAACACUUCUCCGACUAGCUAAGAUUGAUUUCAACAGGGUGCAGCUGUUGCAUCGACAAGAAUUGAGCCAAAUUCUAAAAUGGUGGCACGAUUUAGAUUUUAAAACCAAGCUACCUUAUGCGAGACAAAGAAGUGUGGAAUGCCAUUUUUGGUCGUUAUCUAUGUAUUAUGAGCCUCAAUAUUCGUUUGCUAGAAUGCUACUUGUCAAAGUUCUCCUUGUCAUCUCCAUACUAGACGAUACAUAUGAUGCAUAUGGGACAUUUGAGGAACUCGAGCUCCUUACAGAAGCAUUUGAAAGGUGGGACUUAAGUGCAAUGGAGAAAUUUCCAGCAGAUUAUAUGAAAUUAGUUUUCCAAUUUGUAUACGAUACUUAUGGUGAGUUUGCCAAAGAAAUGACAGAACGUGGAAAACCAUAUGCAGCCAAAUUUGCAAAAGACCGCGUGAUGGAUUUGAUAAGGUGCUACUACACUGAGGCGAAGUGGUAUAAAGCAAAAUAUGUGCCUACAUUCGAGGAAUAUAUGAUCAACGCAAGAAUUACAGGGGUUGCUCAAAUCAUUUCUACCUCCUCUAUAAUGGGAAUGGAAGAAAUUGCAGAAGAGAAACCAUUUCAACAAAUAAUACAAUCUCCUAGGGUCGUUAGGGCAUGUGAAAUUAUCGGUCGUAUCAUGGAUGACAUUGUUAGUCAUGAGGAGGAGCAAGCUAGAGGUCAUGUUGCUUCAGGAGUGGAAUGUUACAUGAAAGACUACAACAUGAGUAGAGAAGAAGUGGUGCAAAUAUUUAACAAAAUGGUAGAAGAUGCAUGGAAGGAAUUGAAUGAGGAGUUCUUGAUCAAGUCUAACCCAAGCGACGAUGACCUUCCUAAGCCCGUUCUCAAACGAAUCUUGAACCUCGCUCGUGUUGUCGAUGCCUUGUACAAGGUCAUAGAUGGCUACACUUACUCAGCCAAACUCAUCAAGGAUGACAUUAUCUCAACCUAUACUCGGUCCAUUACUCUUUGAAAAACUUGAACCUUGUGAUCACCAAAUAAAUCUUGUACUAUUUCUAGUAAUGUGUUAUCAAUGAGUUUGUGAGCCUUUUGAAAAUAGCCUCUACGGGUUUGGACUAGCUAGAGGCACUUGAUAUUGUUGUUGGUAUGUAUAUUUGGUGUUGAUGUUGCUAUAUUGGUGUUGUUGCUACAAGAUCUUCAUGUAACUGUUUGAGAAAUCAAAGUACUUAUGCAUAUUAUUGUGAAUGAUUGAUUACUA